GGUUAGGACUUUGUUUCCUUUUAAUCUUCUUUUAUACUACAGCGUGCUGGAAAUUCAUAUAGAGUUUUCUGCCCUUCCAAAGAUGGAAGUUUGCCAACCCAUCUAGUUUGACUCUUGGGCUCUUCAGCAGCAGAGCUGGGCCAGUACCGGUGCGCGUGCCGAGUCUGCGCGUGCCCGCGGCCUGUAGGAGGUCCAGAAUAACGGAGCCAAAGAUCAUCAUCACCAUCAUCAUCAUACCGGAGGAGAGGCCCAGUGAAUACAUGCCCGACACGCCUCAUCCGGAGCGGAAAGAUGAGUUUACGAGUCUGAUCUCAAGCGCGUGCUGUGUUCGAUUCGGGGAUUUGAGUGCAGAUCCAGAGGUUCGGCCGCCCGUCGGUUCGGCUGCGUGACUACAGCAACAUGCGCGUGUAUAACUGAAGCGCAUGCAUCCGAUCAGGACACGGACUCCAGGAACCAAGUCAAGCCGUGGAGCAGACGACUUAAAGCUCACGGGUUCACCGAUCAUCAUCAUCCGCUACAUGUGACCGAACCGAACCUCCGAACCCAUCUGCAGCUUCACCAGCGAGCUGCGCGUUAGCACGGCAGGACAGUAAAGUAUGGCUCCCCAUCUGGACGCGGCCCGCAAAUUGUUCUGGAUCUUAAUGAAGUCGCUGCUCCGUUUCACCUUCAUGUUUGUCAACAAUUGUGUCGCGAUUCCGUCCUACUGCCUCUACCUGAUAGUCCUGCAGCCUUUAAGAGUUCUGGAUGCCCACACAUUCUGGUACAUCGAAGGGAUCAUGUUCAGGUGGUUACUGGCAAUGGUGGCAUCUUGGGGAUGGUGUGCAGGUUACACAGUGACAGAAUGGGGUGACGAUGUGAGACCAAUGUCUGAAGAUGAAGCCAUGGUCAUAGUUAACCAUCAAGCUACAGGAGAUGUGUGUACCCUAAUGAUGUGCUUGCAGGACAAGGGCACGGUUGUACGAAAGAUGAUGUGGUUGAUGGACCAUGUUUUUAAAUAUACCAAUUUUGGGGUUGUGUCCCUGAUUCAUGGUGAUUUCUUCAUCAGGCAGGGCAAAGCACAUCGAGAAAAGCAGCUAAUUUACCUGAAGGAUCACCUAGACAAGUAUUACUACAGCAGAGACAGGAAGUGGAUUGUGCUGUUUCCUGAGGGCGGCUUCCUAAGAAAGAGACGAGAGACAAGUCAGUCCUUUGCCAAAAAGAAUGACUUGCCCUACUUGACUCACGUAACACUGCCACGGCUGGGUGCCACAGAGAUUAUCCUGAAGACUUUAGGACCCCAGCAGGAAAACGGCAUCCUGGGAACAGAGGGUCCACCAGUUCAAAGUAACAAAGCUAAAGGACUACAGUGGGUAAUAGACAUGACCAUAGCCUACCCUAAUGCAAGACCCAUGGACAUUCAAACAUGGAUUUUUGGUUACAGAGAUCCAACAGUCACACAUGUACACUACAGGACAUACCCUAUUAAAGACGUCCCACUAGAGUCAGAAGCACUGGCGGAUUGGCUAUAUCAGCGAUUUGUGGAAAAGGAGAAACUUCUGGCUCAUUUCUACAAGACAGGAGUUUUCCCUCCACUAGACGGCCAAGAAGAGUUGCUCUCCCGAAAUAUGACCCUUGACAACGUUUGGCUGUUUUUUGUCCAAACAUUUGCCUUCGCCUCAGGCUACAUGUGGUACAGCAUUCUACAUCACAUCUACUGCUGGUUCUUCUGACCACUCUGAGGAGACCGUAACGCGCAGGUCGGAGGAGGGAACGCCAGAGACAAAGAGCCCCAAUUGCCAUUCUCCUGUGCCGGAUGGUUGAAUGUACCCCGCAGGACGACUCGAGUUGCUGUAUCCGAUCGCGGUCCCCAUCCUUACUUUGGACAGACACAUCCACCGAAUCCCAGCUGCCCGUGCAGACAUGCGUUUUUCCUUUAGAUUUGCAUAGAACCAGUUCAACAUGUUUACACAUGUGCGCUCACAUGCAGAGAGAAAAUUAUGCACAUCUAAAUGUUUACUCAUGCACAUGUGGACACCUCUUUUUUUUUUUUUUUUUUCGUUUUUGUUUUUAUUUACAAUCAAAAUUAGGCUCAGGAAUAAGCCAGAGAUAGAUCUGUCACGUCCUCUCAUUUCUCUCAUUUCCUGCCACGUGAGCUUUCCCCACUUUUUAUCGUGAACUCCCAAACAGGAUGACUGAAACUUUUUUCAGAGACUGCUGUCCUCUUUGGAAGAGCCUCCUCUGGCCUUCAUUGCACUAUAAAUCCUUGUCGGCCCCCUUCCGUGCCCCCCAACGGAAGCCCCUCGUUGUGUGCUGCCCUCAUGUCAUUUCUUCCUCGCGGCUGUUUCGUCUCAUGUCGACUGGAUGCUGUUUUCUAUGUGUAUUGUCAGUAUUGAGAGACGGUGGAACGAUUGUGAUGUUUACACUGACUGAAGGGGGAUUCGGUUUUGAAAACAUGUCGAAGACCAACCUGGUUCUUGUUUUAAAACCUAUAAAACACGGAGACUGCAUCCUCUGGGGGACUUUACACAAUCAACGCCAUACAGACACAUCCAAGCGCACCACAUGACUGCCACACAAACGAUUCGAUAGGACUAAUACCCCUCCCCUCCAAAGUUUUACAAAUAUUAAGCCAUAUGCUUAUCUUAGGGUCAAACGGGGACGGACAUUCUACUGACUGAACUGUUGUGUUUGUUCAUUGUCCUAAAAAAAGAUUUUAAUUUGUUGAUUUUUGAGUCAAUGGUCUCAUUUCUGUAAAUGUGACAGCAUAACCUGCCUGUGUGAUUGUGUGCGACUGCCCGUUUCUUUUUUCUAUUUUUUAGAUGCACAUAAUGCCUGGUAGCUUCAUGUUAUAUCAGAGUGUUGGCAAAUAUCUGUUUAAUAAUUGAGAUUUUACUUUCUUUUUCCUCAUUCUGUGGUUAAUCUUGUACAGAAAGGAGUCUGCGUUUUUACUUCUGAAAUAUCAUGAAUGUUUAAGGAAGACGGAGGAAAAAGCGGUAAGGAGCUUCUGUCCCGGCAGGUGCUUACAUUGCUCUCAGUAUCUGAGCGUCACCUCGUCUGCCAUUUGCUGUCUUCUGCGGCGAUCGUGUGGGCACAUUUCUGUUCAUCAAAAGAAACCGUCUUAAAACGGCUGCCACACAGAAGGGAUCAGAGGCGUAGAUUCAAUUUUGUGCUGAGGCACAAAAGAUUUUAGACUAGCUUUAGACUAUCUUGAGGAAAAUGGAAAUAUUUUCCUCGAUUUUGAGACAAAAUUGCAUUUUUCAUGUGUGAAAUUGGAUCUGUUUGUAUGUGUCGAUGGGGAAGAAUGCCAUGCUUGAGUCCGUCUACGUGUCAAUGGAAUAUGGGCGAGGUCCAGCAAUAAUGUACUCAAAAAUAAAUGCCCAUGUUGUGGCGUUCUAAAGAAACAAUGCUUAGAUGUACAAAUUAGACAUUUGUAGAUGAAAACAUUGCACCGUAAUUGUCAUUUCCCCCCUUAACCGAAGCCAUGUCAUCUGUGAAAGUGAACUUUGUUUCUGUAGCUUGCCAGAUUGAAAUGUGAAUGACGCCAGAAGACUAAAGCCAAGUUAGAUGCGGACUGCAUUCAGAGCAGGCUACGUCAUCGUGAACUUCACCGUGAGGAUCCCGGACAACUGGGUUCCUCGUUUCGUUCCCGCUGUCUGUCAGAUGGAGACGUAACAUUGUUUUCCUAAGUAUGGUUUUAUGUUUAAAAAAAAAAAAAAAAAAAAAGGUGUGAGCUAUAUCUAUAUAUUAGCGAUUUAACCAAAUUACAAUAGAAUGGUCCAUAAUUUUCAUUUUGUACUCCUGUUUUUCUCUUCCUAGCUACCCAGCCAUUUUUCAACACACAAAUUAAUUGUGCUGGAAUAAAAAUCAUGCGCAGCAGUGA